AUGGCAUCUAAACUCUCUUUUCCAUUUGCAUGCAUUGUUUUUCUAUUUCUGUUUGUGCUACCUGUAUUUUCUUAUUUUCAAUACCCUCACUUACAACCAAAUGGUUUACUAGAUAAUAGCACUGACCAUUCACCUUUCGGGUUUCUGAAAAAAAUGCAAGGGUGUCAUAAGGGUGAGAAACUAAAAGGCAUACGUGACCUUAAACUCUAUCUUAGCCAUUUUGGUUACCUUAACUACGAAAGCAACCCUAACGUCACAAAUCCUAAUGAAGACUAUUUUGACGAGGAGCUGGAGGCCGCAAUCAAGUCGUACCAAGUCUAUCACCAUCUCAAUGCCACUGGAACGCUUGAUGCGCCAACAAUGUCCACGAUGGUCAUGCCUCGUUGUGGACUUCCUGAUAAGCAAACUCAUCAACAUAGUUACAAAACUUUACAUACCGUCUCUCAUUAUCAAUUCCCUCAGGGCACACCAAGAUGGCCCGAGGGAAAAAGGCAUCUAACGUAUGCUUUUGGAUCAGGUUUCCCUACCCAAUUCAUACCUCCUGUUGCACGAGCUUUUAGCAAAUGGGCUACUGCUUCUCAAUAUUUCACAUUUUCACAAGCUAGAACUUAUCAAAGCGCUGACAUAAAUAUUAGUUUUGCACGCGGAUCCCAUGGAGAUGGAUCCCCGUUUGACGGGCAGGGUGGAGUAUUGGCCCAUGCUUUUUACCCUACAGAUGGAAGGUUCCACUAUGAUGCGGAUGAAAGUUGGGUGAUUGGAGCAGUUCCAAACGCUUUUGAUGUUGAGACUUUGGCUUUACAUGAAAUAGGACAUCUACUUGGACUUGAUCAUAGCCAAUUUCAAAGUGCAAUAAUGUGGGGUAGCUUUAUGGCAGGAGAAACAAAAGGAUUAAGUUCGGACGAUAUUCAAGGGAUUAGGGCUCUAUACGGAAGUUAGCUUGGUAUGAUAAUAGUAAACAAAAAGAUAAUUUUAUGCUUUCAGUGUGCUAUGAUAACAUUAUUAAAAAUAACACACUUUGUGUGAUGGUUGUGACUUUUGUUAAAGAUUUUGGUUUUAAUUUUUUGAGUGUUGUUUUCAUGUGUGAUGGU